UUUUAAUCAGCCUCACUCACUCGCUCACUCACUCACACUCUCUCUCUCUCUCUCUCUAACAUGGAGGAGGAGAAUAGUAAGCAUCCACUUCUGUCCACCAUAGCUGGUGACUAUAUAGGAAAAUCAAACACUUCUCGAUCUUCAUCCUUCGUUGCCGAUGAAGCCGAUAUCAAACCAAUUCGUAGCAUCAAUGAUUUCUUCAGAGAAUCCAUUGUUGAAUCAAAAAAGCUCUGGUACCUUGCCGGUCCGGCAAUCUUCACCUCCAUUUGCCAGUAUUCUCUCGGAGCUAUCACUCAAGUCUUCGCCGGCCAUGUCGGAACUACCGAACUUGCCGCCGUGUCUGUUGAAAACUCUGUCAUUGCCGGAUUCUCUUUUGGCAUCUUGUUGGGGAUGGGGAGUGCCCUAGAGACGCUAUGUGGGCAAGCGUUCGGAGCCGGUCAACUAGACAUGUUAGGGGUGUACAUGCAGAGAUCAUGGGUCAUACUCAACACCACAUCACUUGUAUUGAUGUUUUUCUAUAUUUUUGCAACACCAAUUCUGAAACUCAUCGGCCAAACAAGUGAGAUAUCAGAGGCGGCGGGGACUUUCGCGGUGUGGAUGAUUCCACAGCUGUUUGCCUAUGCCAUGGUUUUUCCAUUGGCAAAGUUUUUGCAGGCACAGAGCAAGAUGCUGGCUAUGGCGGUUAUAGCGGCGGCAGCGCUGGUUUUACACACUAUUUUCAGCUGGCUUCUGAUGCUGAAGUUGGGGUGGGGGCUUGUGGGGGCGGCAGUGGUGCUGAAUGCAUCAUGGUGGCUCAUAGUGGUGGCUCAGCUCUUGUAUAUCUUUAGUGGAGCUUGUGGUCGAGCUUGGUCUGGAUUUUCAUGGAAGGCCUUCCAUAAUCUUUGGGGGUUUGUCAAGUUAUCUCUUGCAUCAGCUGUUAUGCUUUG